AUGCUGAUCCUGAGGUGCCCAGCCCAGCUGCAGCUCCUGGAGGAGACCCUGCGGAAGAGCCUGCCCAGCACCCUGCCGGUCUUGGGGACUGUGAUGACAGUGGCCAGGGGGAACCCGGCCUCCCAUGAGGUGCUGGUAGACUCCUGGCCCAAUUUCGGCAUCGUCCUGACCCGCCUGCGCCCAGAGGACCACAGGGACCCCAGGGACUACUACACCAACCAGCUGUCAGUGUUCUACCGGGACAAGGGAGCCCUGCAGGCACUGCUGGAGGGCACUGAGGCGGUGACCCGGGAAAGAGCCUUCCAGAUUCUGGGGAUGCAGGAUGGGCUGGACGAGGCCGUGCAGGAGGUGGCCAGUGCCAGGGGGCUGAAGGUGGAGACGAUCCGGUACCGGGCGCUGAUCAGCCCCGAGCCCCCCCAGCCCCGCAGGCAGAUGCCCCCGGGCCUGCGCCUGGCACCCGUGUCCCCAUCCCACGUCCCUCUGCUCAACGCCACGUGGGCCCUGGGGGGCAAUGCCCGCAGCCGGGCGUUCCUGCUGGGGCUGGUGCGGGCACUGCCCUCCGCCUGCCUGCUGGACCGGCGCGGCCGCCCGGUGUCCUGGAGCCUGCUGGACGGGCAGGGCUGCCUGCGCCACGGCUACACGGUGCCCGCCUGGCGCGGGCACGGCCUCACCGGGCUGCCGCUGGCCGAGCUGGGCCGGCAGCUGCACGCCCGCGGCUUCCCCAUCUACUGCGCCGUGCUGCCCCAGAACACGGCCUCGCUGCGCGCCCUGCGGGCCGUCGGCUUCGUGCCCCAGCCCGGAACCUUCUGCAUGGUCCUGGGCACCCCACAGUAG